AUUCAUUCCUUUGAACACGUCCAAAUCGCUUACGAAUUACUAACAAUGGGUAAUUGGAGUACGCUUAACAAAGGCGCUGCUGCACCGACAAAAGACGCCAUCGAGAUACAAGUUGAAAGAUUGCUGGAAGCAUACCAAAAUACCUUGAAAUGUCACCAGAAAGGACAAUUGCUAUUGGCAAAGGAAAAAUAUAAAGAGCUUGUCUCGCACGCUCUUGUUAAAAAAGAGCCUAAUCCUAAAAAAAAGACAGGUACAAGUAUAGACUUGGUAGAAGAAUCACCACUUUCAACUCUGAGAUUUCUUGUAUUCAAGAACUAUGCAGCAAUUCUCAAAGACGAAUUUAAUAUGGAUCAGCAGAAUAUGGCACUCGCAAAAGAAGCCCUGGAAUAUUAUUUACAGGCCGUAAAAAUCGAUCCCACCGAAUAUACACUCUGGUACUACAUUGGAUAUUUUUCGCAUUUACUAGGACAACUUCGGUUUGCCCGUCUUGCCUACGAAACUGGAUUUUACGUCAACAGCAAUGAGAGAACUUUAAAAUUACAUGUUGUACAACCCAAUGAUGCCAUAGAAAUAAUUAAAAGUGGAAAAUUUACACCAAUGCAAUGGAAAUGUCUGGAAGGACUUUGUAGUGUUUUGUUUGAUAUAGGAGAUUAUGGUUUAUGUAAUACUUAUAUCGGUAUUAUUAUGGAUCAAGUCAACAAUUGGGAUGUGGGACUAAAAUUACGAGAGCGGAUGAAAGAAAGGGAUAUCGCCAACUUAGAAAAAGAUACGACUGAAAACUUGCGCAUGGAUAUAUGUAGAGAAAACCAAUCGCUUCCUAUCACCCUUGAAAAAGCCGACUGGUUAUUUCUCGCAGAAUCGCUGCUAAAGGAAUACAAGCGACUUGUGGAUCUCACUAAAUGCGAAGAAAAUAAGGGGAUACAAUCGACAACAAACCGUUUGUUAGAUACUAAAUUCGUCAAUCAGUCGCUUUAUAUUAAUGUGGAAAUGGAAGAGAAAACACCAACACCAGAGCCGAUGGAAUUAGAGCAUAUGACUUCAUCACCUAUGCCAAUAAUUGAAACAGAUCCAUCGAAAGAUAACAGUGUAGAUGAUCCAGCCUUAUCCCACGAUUAUGCAUUAUCCGUUACUGGGAGAACUCCCGACGUGCCUGGAAAUAAUGAAGAGCCUGCCGAUUCUCAUAAACGUAAAAGAGAAGAAGACGACGACGAGGGCGGCGAAGGGAGUGGUAUUAACAACCAGGAUAACAAUGGCAACAACAGUAAUUCUGAAAAUGAUGAAGAAAGCGAGGCGGAAGAAAAAAGAUUAUCACUGAGAGCUUCAAAACGUCAGCGAGAAAAAAUUGCAAAUGAGGAAAGUUCCCGGCUAAAAAUGCUUGAAGAAGAGAAACAAUUCAUCAAUAAGGUUCAAAGCUUCUAUGAUAAAGUUGCGUAUAUACCAACACUGUAUCGUAAAACUUGGGAGGAUAUACCAAAUUCUGAAGAUGCAUCGACAACGCUAUUCUGGGAAUGGUUUGAUCACAAAAUUUUGGAAUUGGAUAGUAGUUACUGCUGGGAGAUCGAUACGCUUACAUUAUUAAACAGUGACGCGACAAGGAGCGAUUCUAUUAUAUUCGGAGACGGCAAAGUGAAAAAUUUGACAUUGUUUACAAAAUCAACAAUAAAUCAGAUUGAGGGACCCUCAUCAAAUUCAGCAUUGAAAGAGUUUAUUAUUGAAUUGAACAACAAUAAUUCUGGGAUUACGGACUGUCUAUGUAAACUAGUCUCGGCAAUUAUCAAAAAUGAUCCUAUUACUACCGAAAGCCCAAAAAACAACUCUAUUAAGAGCAAUGAAUUUCUGGAUUUGAUAACUGAUACCAUUGGUACACUUGAAACGAACUUUGUUGAAACCAUAUUGACUGAUGCCACAUUAUCAGGAGACGAUCAAAUAUUGAUGAUUCUAAGGAUUUGCGAGUAUUUAAUCGAUCGACUUAUCCGUAAUAUUAUUACAACUGCCGAGGAAAAUGCGAUUCAACCUACUAUGAAUCAUCAUGGCAGGAGAAGAGUAUCAACUACAUCACAUAAAAAUUCGAAAGCGAAAUUAAAUGAAGCCUUAAUGACCCAAUGUCAGUACUGGAUAAAUCUACUCGAAAGUAUUAUAUUCUCUACAUCCCUAAACGUAUUUUUCAAAAAAGUGCACGAGAAAAGCACCGAGGAAGCGGAUUUAUAUUCUUUAAAAAAGAUUGGGACGGAACUACGCUACUGGAUUAUUAAAGGAAAAUUUGCGCAGUGUAACAAUGAUAUAGAGAAAGCCUACUCCUGGUAUGUCAGGUGUAAGAACAUAUUAAAAUCUUCAAUAGAUGUUGCAAAGCCUAUUUCGAUUAACAUCAAAAGUAUGUAUGAUUCGACAAUUGAUUUAGCGAGCGUUGAUGCCAAACUAAGUCUGCUUCAAGUCGGAAAGAUAUUUGUAACGGCCAAACAGAAAAUAGAAUCAGAGGAUUUUAAAGGCGUCAUUACCGAUUUGGAACCUAUCAUCAAGCCAAAAUUAAAUGGAGGUGACUUGGAUGAAUCGAACGAAACAAUUCAAAUGAUGAACAUGCUUGCAAAGGCUUACGUAAAAACAAAUCAGAGCUUGGAAGCAUGGAACUGCUAUGUGCGAAUGUUUUGCUAUUUGAUAAAACAAUUGAUGGAUUACGGUGGAAAUCAUGUUGGUCGCCGACAACCGUAUCUGAGCAAAAAUGAGGACACCAAUUUUUUUAGAUUAAUGAACUUAAUCAAUAGUAUUACGGAUAAUCUGGUAUCACUAAUCCAGCAAGACAAACAAGAAAACUGGCUUCCCUUGAGUAUAGACGGUGAUCUAGCCAACAAAUUGUCCGCCCUACUUCGAAUGUCAAUUUAUUAUAUCUUUAGACAUCCAGAUUUCGUCCCAUUGGUCAAUAAUUUCAGUACUCCAGACGUUCCUCCGCAUACACCCUCAAAAGUUACAAAAUCAAACGGUUUUAAUGAUAUCGUGGCCAAAGCUUGGGUCCUUCAAUCAUAUCUAAUCCAACACGUAAUUCAGCAUAAUGAGGAGCGCAAUACUAACGGCGCGAUAUAUACCUGGGCAGAGUUAUUAAAGGAGCUUCAUGAAGAACUUGGUGAAAGAGAAGUCUGUGGUGCAGGCAAACGAAUUUUUUUGAGUCAUCUUAUGGAUACUUUAACCAAGGCCGAUGAUUUGCAAUUCAGAAGAGAAAUUUACCAAUGUUAUCAUUGUCUUUACGGAGUCCACCUUGCCGCCGAGUCCGAUAUGAUUGAAGAGCAUCACUGCGUGCAUAGUGAACUGGAUCGAAAGGCAUGCGAACCCCUAUUUUCUCUCGUCGUCAAUUCAGCAGUGGAAAGACUAGAGAAUCGAACGCUGUUAAAGACAGAUUUGAAGGACGUAAUCGAUACCGUUUCUGAAUUAUUCGACGAAUUGCCAAAGAAAAAUGUUCUAAUCCGCAGCAGCAAAAACAUUAUCGAAACAUAUUUAAAUAGCGAUAUUGAAUUGCAUUCAUCUAUCGACGGCAUGCUACGAGCUGCUAUUAUCCCUUCAAUUAAUAUCAGCUCUAAAAAAACCAAUACUUCUAACGUAUAUUACAAAAUAUUUUGGAUUAGAGGAAAGACAAUACGUCUGCAAAUCAAAAACAAGGCUAGAGCGAACAACGAAAAAACCAUGCUGGAUCUUGAGAAAGCAGCCGAAGAAUUUACCGACCACUUAAUUCUUAAUCCUGAUGAUGCAGAUGGAUGGUGUGAACUUGGUGCGUGUUUCCAAUUACGCGCGGAUGUGGAAUUGGAUUGGAGCGCUUCAAACAUUGGAGCGCAUAGAGAUCUUAUCGGGGAAUAUCAAAGAAAAUCUUGCCAUGCCUAUUUGAGGAGUAUAUAUCUUGCCGACUCACGUACAAAAAAGGAGUUGGCUAAAAAUGAACUCUUCACUAAUUUCGGCAACCUCAUAUAUGCUAUCACAUCCUCGCCAAUGAACAUGAAGGCUUUUAGUAGACAAAAUACGAAACACACUCUGGGAGAAGACAAGAAACUAAUGCAGGCUGAACUGCAACCUCCUUCUUCUAAAGCUGCUUAUAAACUUGCUUUGAUCAUGUAUAAUUAUGCAUUACGUUAUAAUAUACCUGACAAUUUAGAGUGGAGAUGCUAUUAUAUGAUAGGAAAAUGUUCAGCAAAACUUGAUAGACCCCCAAGAGAGGUUCUCGAAUGGUACCUGCAGGCGAUUCGCAGAACAAACUCGAAGCAAGGGAAGCAUGACCAAGAUUUGGAGUCUAUUUACAUAUUCUGUUCUUAUUUGGUAAAGUAUUUUUAUCAAGGUAAACUGGAGGCAGCAGAUGUUCAAGAAUUUUUAGCAAGAGAAAGAGCAUUGCAUCAUGUUCAAACAAAAGACAACGUCGCCGAGCAAGAAGUCGUUUUUUUAGAAAAUAGCACCGACGCUGUCAUCGCGGAAAAUUCAUCUCUUCUAUCGAAAGAAUUGAAGUUACAAAGUGGUUAUUUAUCGGAAGAGUCUGCUAACGCAUAUAAUGCAAUAUUUCUGAGACUAUCGGAAAUGCGGAUUGCCGAUAAUAAAAGCUGGCAACACAGGACAAUAUACAGAAUUGCAUGGAUGUAUCAUAAUAUCUAUCAGAAUUCUGAAAAAGCAAAGUCUGAAUUAUUGAAAUUAUUUAAUUUGAAAGUAAUUACGAAAAGCUACAUUACUAUUUGGAAGCCAGGGUUUGAAUUACCCGGAAGGCACUACAAAUACAUCUACAAGUAUACCCUAUUUCUAAUUGAUCUUGCUUGGAACACUCGUGACACACAAACCCUCAAACAUCUAUACCGUAAGCUCCGACGUGCACAGGCUUUACUACUAAAUGACAAAGAGGUGUUUAAAAAAGCAUAUAUUGCAUACUUAGAGAUAAUCAAAAAACAAUUGCGUGACAACUACCAUGCCAAAAAUUAUAUGAAAAUGAUCAAAGAAUCAAGGAUUGACAAGACUCAGUUCCAAGAACUUUGCGUAAAAAGCUCGGCCGAAAUUAUUGCUGAUAGAAACACUGUCAACCCAGAGUUAUAUGGCAUUCUUCAAGAUAUAUCUGAAUUAAAACGAUUGCUCCACGGGUUUAUAACUGCUAGUGAAGAGGAUACUGAAAAAAUGGAUAAAGUCAUUUGGCUAUGCUAUGCCACGCUUAUAUUUGGAGGUGUUAAGAACGAGGAUAAGAGAGGAGAGCUUGUAAAUGCCAUUUCUACAACUGAAGAUUUUGCUGAAAGUAGAUCUCGUAAAGACUUAAGGGCUGUACUUUUAGCCCAAGCAAAAUCAUUAAUGCAAAAUAUUACAUCUACAUCAAAAUAAAGACUUCCAAAGGAUUGGAUAAGAAUCAUGCAUCUAAUUGGAAGGGCUUAUUAUUAAUCAAAUAAAUCAACAGAGUUGAAUUUAAUGAAAUUCUUAUUUUCCUUCCAAUAAAAGCAAUCCCUGGCAUCCUCUCUUUUACGAGUAGUUAUGAUUAAAAGGUCACUUAUAAAAUGUCCAUCGCAUAUGUAUCAUCAUGAUUCCGCGUUUUUUUUAGCCAG